UUUUCAGGACUUUCGUCCCGGAUUCAGGUUUUGGCACAUAUGCCAUGUAGACCGCCAUGGUUAUUUUACCCUAAAACAGUUGAGAUUACCUGUGCUAAAUGAAACGCAUACAAAUGCGUUUCAUUUUUCAAUUUUUUGCGAUGUAUUUCGCUUUUAACUGGAAGCAAGCUUGCAGUUCCGUGAAUUAGUGGCUGUCAACCGUGAUACAAAGUGUGAAAGGCAUGCAUAAACACGAAUUUUGUUGAAGACGAACCAGAUGUUUUUAAUAAAUUUAAUCGUUGUCUUUGCUAAUAAUGUUUGGGACUUGUGUAAGUGUUAUAAACAUUUCAGUAUUAAAUUUUAUUAAAUUCCAUACCGUACUUGCUUUGUGUUUUCGAUUUCAUUCAUAUAUCUGCUAUUAUUUUAAACAUGGAAUAUUUCAUGUGGAAUUUCUAUAUUUCACCUGUUAAAAAAGGAGAGAGGUUGCUGCAUGCAUGUAUUUCUAGUUUACCUCUUGUUAAUGAAACAAAAACAUUGCUUCGCAAUUUAUCUGGACUAAUUGUCACAAUUAGUUUUAUUUUUUUCUUAUUUUCUCCUUAAUAUAUUCUUGUUCUUGCAGGCUAGUUCGUAUGGAUUAAAUGACAACAGCUUUAGACUUGGUUCACUCACUGUCAUGCCAAAUGCCCAACUUGAUUUCUAUAAGCCUGAGUCUCUUACUCAGUCUCUGAAGUUGAAUAUCUCAGACAAAUUUCACUUGUUUCCUGGAGGGAUGGCCAGUGGUCAAAGUGUUGAUGUGCACGCCCGGAAUAUAACGAUAGAAGUCGCAGGCAGCAUUGUAGCAAAAUCAUCUGGGUUUACCUUAGGGACUGGGAAAGGUAUAGUUAAUGUCCACCUUUUCGGGCAUAAAUACCAAACGAGAAUUGGUUUGGAUUGCAAGUAAUUAGUUACAGUCUGAGGAAAAUUUGAGAUGGGAAAUAGUCUAUUAAGUUUGAAAUAUUAUUCACCCAAUUAACGAGCUUACUUACUCCUGUGACUUGAUCAAAAGCAGUCUCAUCUAACCCCUUCAAAUAGACCUGAAGAAGACAGGAAACUACAAGUGAUAUUUCUUAUAAAAUGUGAUACAACGGUUAACUUCCCGUGUUUGAACAGCGGACGUUAAUUAACUGAAUUUGGUAAAUGCAAUAUUUUGACAACCUUUUUAUUGUCAUUGUGAUUUCUAGGGAACGGAGGAGCUGGUCAUGGUGGCAGUGGUGGAUAUGGUACAGUAGAAUUCGACCGCCCUGGUACUGUUUACGGAGAUUUCCAGAGUCCAACUAUAUAUGGUAGUACUGACGAUAACAAUGGUGCUCCAGGUGGUGGUGCUGUUAAACUGUACGCUGAUGAAAUAACCACUGUUGACGGAACCAUCAUUGCAACCGGUGGCGACAGUCUGGGUGCUGGUUCCGGUGCAAGUAGUGGUGGUAGUAUUUGGAUCCAGAGUAAUAUUUUCGCUGGUAGAGGUACCAUACAGGUGAAUGGUGGAAACGGUCUUGGCUAUGGUGGUGGAGGUGGCGGUGGUCGCAUAGCAAGCAUAUUUAAAAACAACACGUUUACUGGUAAGCUCGAGGCUUAUGGCGGGAGAAGCAACUUAUCCCCAGGAGGAGCUGGUACAGUGUACUUAGCUAGCAAAGAUGGCGGGUUUCGAAAACUAAUUAUAGACAACCAAAAUAUUGGAAAACCCUCUAGUGAUACCAUUGAGGACAUCCACCGCGACGGAGGCAGGACCUGGUUGACACCCUCUGUUGGUUCGCCCCGAGUAAUUCUGAGUCAUCUUGAUAUACGUGGUCUGGGUCAGUUAGCGUCCUUGAGAAACUCCACCCAAGGUAACCUAGAAUGGGACAUUGGUACCAUCGCAGGCGAUAAAACUGGAUUGCUACAUAUACUUGCUAACCAAAGGCUGGUCAUUACUGGAAAAGAAGGAGAGAGCAAGUCAGCUGAUUUACCUUGGGGUAUUAAUGUUUACCCACGAGGGGAAUUGACAUUGUCGGAAAGUUUUGUGGUUGAUGGAAUAAAGAUAAUUGUUGCAGGACGCUUAAAUGGAGCCAGAAAUCUUACUGUAGCGAAUGGCGGGAGAGUCAUUUUAAGGUAAGCAGAACUUGCUGCUACAGGGUAGUUACAAUAUCAUACCAUUUCAUACCAAACUAUCCAUGCCAUACCAUACCUUAACGUACCGUACCAUACCAUAUCUAAGCACACUAUACCAUGCAUUACUACUAUUAUUUUAUUGAUACUAGACAAAUGAUCGACCCCGAAGGGAAAAUAUCGCGUCACACGUCAUUUGAUGACAUCAAGGUACAAGGUGGUGGUAUAUUCGAAAUUGAAAGUGAUGCUGGUGGUCUUUCUGUGUCCUGUAAUCAACUUAUUAUCAACAGUGGUGGCAAGUUCCAAGCUACUAAGCUGGACCUAACAGCGAAUCUCGUCACAAUUGAACAAUCUGGAAUCUUGGAAGCAAAUUACAAAGCAGUGGUAAUAAUUGUAACAAGACAUCUUUUCCAUCAUAAAAAUAAUUUAUGAUGUAGCUUCCGGGUUAUUAUACACGGCAUAACCACUAUUUAACCUUAGACUAGUUGUUCAGAUUGCAUACGUACUGAACUGUAAUGUUCGCUUAUGCUAAGAAAUGUUUCGGUAAAUCACUUCUAAUUUACUUAGAUAUUUUAGAACAGUAGCCAAACACAAAAUCACGAUUUUAGUUAUUUAAUAUACCUUAAACAUGGUACAUAAAAAUGUACUCCAUUUUCCCAUAUUCUCGGCUAAAUUGACCAUUCAUGUGAAUAUGGGUAGAUUUCAUGAUCAACAAUAAAACUUUUUUAAAAAUACCCUGCGCAUUAAAAUUGACUUGCGCACACGAUUUGAAUUCAUAGGGGGGCGGGGCGGUUAAAUUUUCCAUUUAUACAAUUAGUGCCUUUUCAAAAUUGUGUACCUUAUAUAUAGCAGAAGUGUUCAAGCUAUGUGAAAUAAUUAUAAUUAUGAUUUCGCGUUUCGCUAUUAAUCUGAAAAUUUCUAGAAAGUAAAUUAAGAUCCAGACAGAAACAAAAAGUUAAUACCAAUGCAGAAAAUGCCCUUGAAGUUGAUAAUAUUUGAUUAGUUUGAAAGAGUUGAUGAAAACUAGUCUGCUGUUGUAAAUGCAGCUUUCGUCAAAUCAAAUUCGAGUAUUUCAUUAACUGUAACUUUGUUCCUUAAUUUUAGCGCACCGUUAGUGGCCUGGGGGCAGGUUCUGGAGAAUACAACCCACGUGGCUCAUCUGGCGCUGGUCAUGGUGGUACUGGUGGUCGCGGGCGAGAGAACGUAGACAUCGGGGCAUUUUACGGCAGUGUGUUUUAUCCCACGUCAUUUGGAAGUGUUGGAGGUGGAGGAGAAUCCCCUGGCGGAGGAGUUAUAAAGAUAACUACGCGUGAAUUACAAGUAGACGGUAAUAUCGAGAGUAAAGGCGGUGUAUAUGAGAAAGGGAUAAACCAUGGAGGAGGCAGUGGGGGUAGUAUAUAUAUCAACACAACAACCUUCGAGGGUGAGGGUGUGAUUGAUGCAUCCGGGGGAUCUGGUAAUGAUUAUGGAGGUGGUGGCAGUGGCGGAAGAAUAGCAGUGUAUUAUCACUCCAGUUCAUUUACCGGUCAGUUUGCUGCAUUUGGUGGGAGUUCAUUGCACGAAGCAGGGGCUGCUGGGACAGUAUAUCGAAAGGAUUACCGACAAAAUUUGAAAUAUCUUUGGGUUUCAAACAAAAACCAGAAACCUCGCACAACACUCGUCAACUUUGCCAACCCGCGCAAAAAUAAUGCCCGAACAUGGCUACCCUCACUUUCUAAUGAUACUUACUAUGAUUUUGAUGAAGUUACUUUAACUGGAGGCUCGCAUUUAGUCCUGGAAUAUUCAACACAUCAUCAAACAAUGGGGAUUGGCAAACUGAGUGACGUCAUAAAUACUAACGUAGGUAAUGACGUAACUAGUUAUCUACAUAUUGGGCAAUGGCAAACUGUUAAUGUGCGUCAAACUGGUGUUAUAUUCCCUGUUAAUAUCCAUGUCUAUAAAACGGGCACGCUGGGGAUGCCACCAAGUAUUGAAGUUAAGAAUACUGUGUUUAAUUGCGAGGGACGUGUGAACGGGCUGAAGGAGUUGACGGCAUCUGAGACGACGAUCAAUUUUGGCGUCAACAGCGGAUCAGUCACAGAUGGCACAUAUGUCUCUGGGCACUUUGUUUUUGAACAAGUGACCGUAAAGGCUGCUGGGAAGAUAAUAUUUAAAAAUGCUGAAAUUGGGAAUGUCUUGAAAACUAGCAGACUUGAAGUCAAGGCUAAAGGCCUGAUCCAGGCAAGAAUAUUGACUAUACAAAGUGAAGUCAUCGUAGUGGAAGAGACUGCAAGGAUCACUGUAGAUGGUCAGGCAUUUGAACAAGGAGUUAUGAAUAAGAAUUAUGGAGGUCAGUGAAUACUGAUGUUGGAAUCUAAUAACAGGGACUUGUUAUAUAAGUUGUGGUAUUGAGUCAUUAUUGAACUACGUAUUGAACUACUAGUUUUAUCUUUUGCUCUGCUGCUAUUAAUAAUAUAAUAGAUAUUGUUAGGCCCACACUUGCAGCAGUUGACCCAACCUAAAGCGAUUUUACUAUGAUUUCAUUUGAUUGACUUACUUAUAUGUAAUUUACUUGACAAUGCUUUUUGUCUCGAUCGGCUAUGUUUGGUCGUUCCGCUACGGGAGGAAUAAAAUUGCCUGGUGUUCAAAAGAGUUAAAUAUAUAAUAGUUUUGUUUGUGGAAACACCACGUAAAUUUGUUACUGCAGUUAAAUGUAUUUAUUAAGACAAAAAUUUGCUGUGCCAAUUAGGCUUUUUAAAAUUAUUUGGUCACAUAUCAUGUAUGGUUUAAUGUAGCCUGCGAACAGGCUCUCAAGGUGAAUUGAGAGCCUGCACUGAUGAUAUGCAAUUUUGAAUAUCUGCCCCGUAUCGUUCGUUUUUCCAAAUAUGGAAUGUCUAUCCUUAUAUGGUGUUGUUUACAACUUUCGUGCAAACUAAAUUUAGACCGUGCAAACUAAAUUUAGACCGUACAGUUUAUACUGUGUUUCGAAAUAUAAGAUAUUCAAGCGAUUUAUAAGAUAUUCAAGCCAAAGUUGAACUGUUUUCUCAAAACAGAACAUUUCGUGCUUUGAGAUAAGAUGGCCAAGACCAAUUUGAUCAGUUAAUGUGUUUUUUAUGCAUAGUGCUUCAGCAAUUGACAUAUAUAGAGCUCAGCGGAAACAUAUAAAUUAUAGCAUCUGACCAAUGAGAAUUUCGCGUCACGAUUUGAGACGCAGAUAUUCAAAUUCAUUAGUCAUCGAUGCAGGCUCUCAAUUCACCUUGAGAGCCUGUUCGCAGGCUAGGUUUAAUGAAGAUCAAGAACAUAUGCUGCCUAUUUUCAUUUUUUGUUGAUGGUUGUGAGAAAAGUUUCUUUUUUUUCUUUCCUUGAGGUCCAAGACAAGAGUCGUCAGGAGGCUCCCAUGCGGGUUAUGGAGGUCAGCGGUCACUUGGUAAGCCUUAUGAUUACAUUAAGGAACCAACAUUCCCUGGUGAAGGCGGUGGUCCCCCUCGUUACCAGUCCACACCGAGUGCUCCUGGAGGUGGGGUAAUUCGUGCAGUUGUGAAAGAUCGUCUGGUAAAUAAUGGAGAAAUUUCUGCAAGGUUUGUGAUAACUUUCUGCAAGGUUUGUGACUUUAGUCUACUCUAUUUUCGUACACGUACCCAAAGGGACCAUUUAAGAAAUAGAAAACCUACAAUCAACCUACUUCAGAAAUUAAUUAUUCGCAAUAGCCUUGUAGCAAGUUUGUCAAAGUAUUGUAAAAGUUUUGAUAUAUUAUAAACUCCCAAGUUUGUUACUCUCAACUUGUUAAUACUUUUUAAAUGCAGCACAAUUAAUAGCAAGUUUUUACAAGUAACAACUUGUUAGCGAGUUGAUGAGAUAUAGAAUUUAUGAAAUAACGUACGUUGUAACGUUGUUCUUUGUAGCUCUGGCGUAGUCUGCUGUAACAAUGCUAUUUUACGUUAUUAUACAAAGUUAAAGUGACUAACGUUAACGUACAACGUUAUUAGGCAUUAAUUUAAAUUAUUAUUCUUUUCAGAGGAUCAAACGCUGUUAGCAGCACGGCUGGUGGCGCUGCUGGAGGUAGCAUUUGGAUCACAACAAAUACACUUCAAGGUGAUGGAACCAUCUCAGUUUCCGGAGGGAAUGGAGGUCACGAUGGCGGAGGGGGAAGUGGAGGAAUGCUUGCUAUAUAUUAUAAAGAAAACUCGCUACUUUUUGACCUUCAAAUCUCAGGUGGGAAUGGUAAGACACCGGGACCGUCCGGAAUGAUUUAUAUACAGAAAGAGAACUCGAAUGGAAAACUUGUGUUGGACAAUAUGCACCAAAAUUCAGCCGGCUACGCAACUCUAGUAUGUCAGCCUAAAGCUUUCGACUAUUAUUUCGGUGAAAUAGAGAUUCUACGUGGAGGGAAACUGAAUAUGAUUUCUUGUGCUGUAAUUCAAUCGAUGACAUUGCAAAUAACCGCCAAACUAAGUGGUGAUGGAAGUGGUGCGUUGCGAGUUGGAAACGAACAAAAUGUUUAUCUGUCCAUGAACAACUUUGAAAAGACAUCACCGAUGAAGCUACAGAGCAGCAUUCAUAUCCAGAAUAAUGGACUUGUUCACCUUCCAGAGAAUAUAUUAUUGACUGAUGGUGUAAACGUACAUGUUGCUGGAAGCUUGACUGGUGUGAAAGCUAUCACUGUUGCAAAGAAUGGUAAAUUUACGGCGUUAUAUCCUGGUAGUACAUUCUACAGGGCAGCGCCAGGGGUAUUUCAGUUCGAUAUAUUAUACGUACAACGAGGUGGUAUUGUUGAAAGCACAGAUUCAAGUCAAGUCAAAUUAAAUAUUGAUCUAUUGAGGUUAGAUUACGGAGCUGCAUAUCGCGUCCCUAGUAAAGUUGUCGCAACGUAUGGUGAAAAAUUGGAGCAAAGUCGAGGACCUACGUUAACGAGUAAUCUCUGUCCAUAUGGUACGGUGCACUAUACUUCGGAUGAUAUAAAGUAUAACCCUUGUGGCAAAGGAAAAUGGAGUUCAGUUUCGUCCCCAGUCCCUUAUCAAGUUGUGAUGCAUAUUUCAGACAAUGAUGGAAUAUAUAGGCUGGUAAAUGUCACAAAAUACCAUGAGAACUACAAUGUAACUUGUGAUUAUACUGACUUCCGUCUGCUUCCAGGUCAAAAUUGUGUUUUCAAACCAGGAAUGUACAGAUAUAGACGCCUUGAAGUUCAUAGCGAGGCCACAAUGAGUUUUGAAGCUGAUCCCGGACGUGUACUUAAGAAUACCUUACAUGUCGAGCAUCUCCGAAUAUAUGCAGCAGGAAGUCUCCGAGCCCUUCCUGUACAGUGGUCGAGUGGACUGUCAUCUGGUGUAGGUGGUUCAUACGGCGGGGUUGGUGGCAGAGGUAACUCUAUUGAUGUACAUGGUGAUGUGGUGUUGCCUGAGAGUUAUGGUGUAAGUGGGGGUGGGUUCCAGGGGGGUGGCGGUCAGCUCAAGAUUCGUGUUGCACGUGAAUUUAUUCAUGAUGGUGUGAUAGAUGUAAGUGGGAGUAAUACUAAUACUGGAGGAGGGGGAAGCGGUGGCAGUCUGCUUAUCUUGGCACAAGAUUUGAAAGGCACAGGAGUAUUCAAAGCAAAUGGUGGAGGGAGUGCAGGAAGCAACUCGGGAGGAGGGGGUGGUGGUAGAAUUGGAAUCCACAUGAACUCCUCUGUGGAGGACUUCCAAGGACAAUACGAGGCAUAUGGGGGUAAUGGUUUCUAUCGAGGUGCAUCUGGGACAAUAUAUAUCUACGACAGGAACAGUAUUAAAGGAAUGCUUACCGUUCAGGGCCAGGGAUCCAAAUCUGCUUUUCUACCAUCAAACACAACAUUGGUCGAGAUUGAUUCCCUGUAUGUUGGACAAUCCGCGACAUUCCAGGUUUCAGUUCCUCAAUUUACAGUUAACUUAUUACGCACUGACGGAAGUGGAAAGAUAGUUAUACCUACUGGGUAUACAUUGACUAUCACGGAACUUCCCUCUGAUCAAAGGAUAGCGUGUGAGCUAGAUGUUAUUGGUAUCCUGGACAUUCAAGUACCGGUUAUGAUCACUAGUACUGUCAAUCUUCGCGGGAUAAUUAAAACUUCUCGGUUGACCAUAGCAAAGAGGGUGAAUUUCAUAUGGACUGGAGGUGAAUUAAAGACAAAAUCCGUGAUGUUGAGAGAAUACUCUGUUGCUUCUAUUUCUGGUUUAUCAAAGGUCAAUAUAGAUGAAAUUCAUGUAGGACCGUAUGCAAAAAUAGAGGUAUCUGAUGGCGAUUUCAUGUUCGUUUGCAAACAAUUGAUCUUUGAUGCAUAUUCUGUGUUACUCUCAAAAUCUGAGUUGAAAUCCUUUAACAUUACUUCAAGCAACAUGGAAAUACAUAACUUUGCAUCUAUUGGAGUUAGUGGUGGGGGGUAUAAACAGGGUCCAGGAUAUCACGGCCGCCGAGGGGUAGGUGCAAGUCAUGGAGGACAAGGCGCUGGUGCUACGAAAAAUUCUGUUUACGGUUCUGUGUUUGAAGCAAAUGAGUUUGGGAGUGGGAGUCUGGAUUCCAGUGGAGGUCCCCAUCGCGGUGGUGGAAGACUGGCUAUUAGUGUCACUGAUGUAUUACAUGUGGAUGGUGUGGUACAUGCUGAUGGUUUUGGGUCACAACAGGAAGGUGGUGGUAGUGGAGGAAGUUUGAUGAUUAAAGCUAAAAUGCUCAAGGGAUCUGGAGUGUUUAGAGCAAAUGGAAUGAGUGGAGGAUCUGGGGGGAGAAUUGCUGUCUAUGUUGAGGAUAAGCAAGCGUACUCAGGAGUAGUGAGCAGUUUUGGGGGAUGUACGACUACAUGUGGAGCAGCAGGGACUGUCUUUAUUAGAGAAUAUUUAAUAGGUUUACCAUAUGAGACAACGAUUGUGAACAAUGAUGGACGAUCAAGUGGUGGCAUAACCAGUAUCAUGCAUGGAACACAGGCUGAUUAUACUUUGCAAAAACUGAGAAUUACUCAAGAAGGGAGAGUUGAAGUGGUGAAUCCUAGUUCCAAUAUAACCGUCAAUAUCAGUGUUUUAGAUUUAGAGGGUGAUUUCACCGGUCAACUUCGUGUGCUAAACAAUCAGAGAUUAUCUUUGGGAUCUAGUAGUGUGACAGGCAGUCAACCGUUUGUGUUACGUUGCGCUGUAAGCGUUGAGGUUGGUGCAGAGCUGACCCUAGCUCCUCGGGUGUUUGUUAAAAAAACGACAUUGAAACCAAGUUUUGAUGUGUUUGGUAAAGUACAAGGUGGCCAAGAAUUAAUCAUUGGACGAAAUGCAUUAGUGUCAGUUUCUCCUGAAGGAGUUAUCGGAACCAAAUCUUCAAAAAAAGGCAUUCUGACGUUUCGUGAAAUUCAUGUUUUAAGUGGCGGUCAUAUUGUUUUCAACCAUGGUGGAAAAUCUAGCGUCGAAGUACGUGCUGUGUCCAUUAACAUUGAAUACAGCGGUAUUCUUGAAAGUCCGUUGGUGCUCCUCAAGACUCCUGAGUUAAACAUACAAAUGGGGGCCCGGGUUAUAUCUGAUGGUCUUGGGUAUAGGUCAGGACCAGGUAUAGGUGGUCUCUCUGGGUUCUCCUUAUGGGAUGGGGGCAGUUACGGUGGAUGUGGUGGUGGGUUUACUGGAGUUUUCUGUCCUAUAUAUGGUUCAAUGUUUGGUUCUAUUCAGCCAGGGAGUGGUGGGGGUGCUGCCACUGGUAGCAAUGGUGGUCAGGGUGGAGGGGUUAUUGUUCUAGAGGUAGGGACACUGCACCUUGAUGGUGAGAUCACGACUGAUGGUGGUAAUGGGCAAGGUAAUGCAGGCGGUGGAAGUGGAGGAAGUGUUCACAUGACUAUAGGUAAUGUUUUCAGUGGGCGAGGUACAGUACGUGCGCGUGGCGGGAAAUCUGGGAUCGAAGGAGGGGGUGGAGGAGGGGGGAGAAUUUACAUCAACUCAGAAGGAAUUGAUAAUUUCAAAGGAGACGUUGAUGCGAGAGGAGGGGUGGGUGUGAAAUUAACCUCGGGUUCCCCUGGAACGAUAUGGUUGCUUCAAAAUAAGAAAGGAUUAACAACGAAGACAUUAAUAUUGGAUAAUAAAGAUAUUAGCCUUACAAAACAACUGCCAGUCGUUCUCAACGAAACCGUCAGCAGCUAUUACUUUGACGUACUUCAUUUGGCUGGAAGCAUUAUCUUAACACCUGACCAUCACAUGAUUAUUGAAAAGCUAGUUACCAGUCCGCUCAGUACCAUAAGUAUACCUAAUGGCCUUAUUGUGGAGAUCGACACGAAUUCGCGUGCAACAAGCCCGGAAUGUAGUCUCCACGUUGCAAAACAUGGUGAACUCCGACUUGCAACUUCGGUUACCUUCCUUGGACCAGAUAAUCAAUUUUCAGGAACAAUUACUGGUGUGAUAGACAUGAUCAUUGGUGAAGGACGUCGGACUGUGCUAUCUGCUUCUGCCCGUACAGCGCUUUAUGUUGAUGGCAACUAUACUUUCAUAUCAAAACGAGGCGAGUACAAGUUUGCAUCUCUGCUUCUGAAAAGCAAUGCAAUGGUAUCAUUUGAGAAAUCAGACAUGACAGAAGUUCCGUUGGUUUUUGCAACAUUAGAACUACGCUAUGGUUCGGUAUUACAAGGAGGCUGGCUGAAUAUUCAAGCUGUGAGUAUUCUGAUUCAUUCCGGUGCCAAGAUGGAUCUAUCUGAGCGAGGACACCCUGGUGGUCGUGGUGAUGGAAGAGGGAUAUUUAACCAAAAUUAUGGUGGUGGUGGUGGUCAUGCUGGUGUAGGAGGUGGUGAAGUUAAUUCUGGAGGAGAAUGGUAUGGUGAUAUGGUCACCCCUAACUCUUUUGGAAGCGGUGGUGGUGGACGCGUUCUAUCCCAAGGUGGCAAAGGCGGUGGUUAUUUGAAUAUUUUAACUAGCGAGGAACUUGUUAUUGAUGGCUCAAUUUUGGUCAGUGGUGGCGAUUGUAUGAUGUCCGGUUGUGGAGGUGGAAGUGGCGGCAGUAUAUACAUCCGAUCUAGAAGCUUGGAAGGUGUGGGACUUAUAGGAGCUAGAGGUGGAAACAGUGAUAUUGCAGGCGGUGGUGGCAGUGGUGGCCGUGUUGCACUUCAUCUCAGCACUAAAAUGUUAUUUCAAGGCGAUUUUGAAGUGCAUGGUGGCACAGGAAAGUACAAUGGUGCAUCAGGAACAGUAUACAUUGAGGAUAAUAAAGGUCGUUUACCAAGAAGGAUUGUAAUAGUGGAUAACUAUGUAAUGUCAUCUGAUACAAAACCUACGACUGUGUUAACAAACAAUGUUGAUAACGAUGUUACUCUUGACGAACUAAAGGUAAAGGGCCCGGUUAGCGUGUCGUUCUUCAACAAAAACAAAAUUAGUAACCUAGAAAUGGAUAUAUCUGUGGCCAAACUGUCGGCUGGUACUCGGAGUGAGAUCGUGAUUCAGGCAAAUCAAGUUAUGUUUUCAGAAACGAGUGAAUCCGAAGAGACUUCGUUCAUACUUCGAACGAACCUUGUUAUUCAGAAGGCUGGCUUGUUUGUUACAGCAUCAAAGUUGUUUGUUGAUGGGGCAGAACUUACUGUUAAUGGACGGCUGAUGAAUGUGCGGCAUUUUACCCUGGAGACAGGAAGUCGUGUAACAUUCUCGGAAAAGUCGCAGACUGGUAUAUAUCUUAAAUCAUUUGGGCCUGUUUUUCUCUCUCUACCGGGCACGCAGUUAUUUGGAAGUUUUGCACUGAAAAGUGGCUCUACAUUUAGCGCGCCUGAAAAUCUGCGAAUACAGACAGCGGAUAUGAUUGUCAAAAACGGCGUUGUAAUCCGUGUGAGGGAUUUGGAAAUAGCUGCAGCAACUUUGACCCUAGAAAGAGGAACACUUAUUUCGGCGGAUGAUGUGACCGCAGGAGGGCAUGGAGCUGGAUCAUCAACCUCUAAAGUGGGUUCUGGGGGGAGUUAUGCAAGUCCUGGAGGUAAAAAUCAAGGUGAUAAGUCAUAUGGAAGUUUGUUCAAGCCUCGAGAACCGGGAAGUGAAGGGGGAGCGGGUUCAUCUGCUGAUACUGCAGGUAAAGGAGGAGGGGUUAUCAUUAUCAAAGCAACUUUAAUACAACUCGAUGGUAAGAUAACUGUGAAUGGUGGCGAUGGGGAUCGGGGUUCAAACGCUGGUGGGGGGAGCGGAGGAAGUAUCUAUCUCAAAGUUGAUAAUCUCGUCGGUAAAGGGGAAAUUAUUGCUGACGGUGGUCGAGGAGAUGGUGGCGGUAGUUGUGGUAGUGGAGGUCGUGUAGGGAUAUCCUUGACAUCUAGGUACACAUAUAGUGGGAGCAUCCGUAGUGCCAGUCUGGAUUGUGGAUCUACUCAGUUGAAUGGAGGUCCAGGGACCACUUUUAUCAGUGAAAUAAAAAAUAAACGCACUUACACACGACUGAUAUUGGAUAACCGUUUUUCAAACCAGGACACAUUUGUUACUCUGAAUGAAAGCCAACUUGAGUAUGAUUUUGAUGAAAUAAUGUUACGUGGUGGUGCAUCGUUACAGUUAUUAAAACAACCAAAUAUCCAUCAGAGGUUGAGUGUUGGAUUGCUGUCUGGCGAUAGAAGUGGUUUCAUACAUGUACAUCGUAAUCAAACAGUUAUUAUCAGUGAGAGAACCCCCGCACGUGUCCCGGUCAGUUUCAAAGUUGACGACGGAGGUUUGGUUGUUGUUCCUCAUAGCGUUAUAAUUAUUGGUCAUCGGAGAUACUCUAUUGAGUCACGGGGAACCAUUCUGGGCAUGCGAAAUAUGGAGCUGGCACGUGACCGAGUCGUGAGGUUCUACGAGAGUUCUAUACUUGGCAUCGGAAAGGAUAAAAGAGAUUUUACAGGAUCAGAGGGGGUAUUAGAGUUUGGUUCACUUAUCCUGCACACUAGUAGUAUUAUAGUGGUAGACGAUAUUGAUCAGGUAAAGAUAUUUGCAGAUAAUAUUGACAUAAAAUAUAAUGCAUCCCUCAUUUCAUCUUCUCUUGCGUUUACCGUUUCGUCUCUUCACGUUGAAAUUGGUGGACGAAUUGACUGUUCUGGCGACAACGAUGUCAUUGGAUCAAAGUCCGCGCCGUCAGGCCUAGCAAUAGGGACUGGUGCUGGCCAUGGUAGUGAAGGUGGGGAAGGUACCACAAAACAAGGUGGGCCGUACCAUGGAUCUCUGUAUAACCCUACUGAACGUGGUAGAACUGGGGGUACAGGCCCCAAUAGGGAGAAAGGAGGCCAAGGAGGUGGAAGUCUAGUUCUUAGAGUUGGAUCUCGUUUCAUAGUAGAUGGAAUUAUAACAGUUUCUGGCGGACGUGCAGUGACCAAAAGUAACGCAGGGGGCGGAAGUGGAGGAAGUAUUUACGUGAGUACACACUCGUAUCGAGGUUAUGGAGUGAUGGAUGUGCGCGGUGGGGCAUCGGGUGGUACUAGUUCUGGGAGUGGGGCAGGGGGGAGGAUUGCGAUAUACUCUGAGAAAGAAAUCCUAUACCAGGGAGGUUAUCAAGCGUCGGGCGGAAAUGGGACGCAGGGUAGGUACGGCGGCCCAGGGACGAUAUUUGUACGAUAUUUAAGAAACAAACGUUUCUACACGCAGUUGAGAUUUGGUGAAAGGCAAGGAAAGAACCUCGUUUUUGUUACACUGGACGAGAAAAACAUCACUGAAUUUAUAUUUAAUGAAGUUAUUAUCGAGCGAAGGACAGCCAUGAGACUUAAACAAGAUGGAGUAAUGAGAAGUUUAAAGGUCGGUAAACUUACCGGAGACGGUACGGGAUAUAUCUAUGUCGGAAGUAAUCAUACUUUCUAUUUACGCGGUUCUACCGGUCAAGGUGAGGUUUCAAAACCUCCGGUGAAUUUGGAUAUCGACACAAAAGGUACAGGAGUACUUGAUACAUCGCUCUUUGUGGUCAGCCAUAGCCCUGCAAGCCCAAACGGUAAUGCACUGCGUGUUAACGGACGUAUCAUUGGUGUUGAACAUUUGUAUUUGACGAGGGAACGGAAGAUGGUAUUUAUGUCCAAAGCUCAGACUGUGGGGUAUAAUAAUGGAAGUUUGACAUCAAGUUCACCCGGGACAUUCGUUCUAGCGACCUUAGAGACUCAUGAUAGGGCACAGCUGUCGUUCCUGACGUCACACGGGAUGAGAGGUUUGGCAGGGAAAAUAGAUGUGAAGUUUGGAGCGAAAGUGUUUGCUGAUCAAUUUGAUAUGAGUAAGUAUGAACUAGUAAUUUUUCAGAAUAACUUGUUUCAAUAUUUCAAGAGUGAGCGUUAUGGAUCCGCAAUAUGUGGUCAACCUUGUGAUAUUGUUGUGUAUUUAGUAUUUGAUAUGACUCUUAAUUUACAUUCCGUUUGCAAUAAUUUAUUUGGGAUUCAUUUUCUAGACAUAACAUCGUUGAGUAUUGAGACUGGAGGAUUAAUGACAGCUGCUGGAUCAGACAGACCAAACAUAGUGAAAUCACAAUCGCUAUCACCUGGUUGCCAUGGCGCUGGUGGCACGUAUGCCAGCUAUGGCGGAAUUGGUCGUGAUUAUAGUGUAUCCUUAAAGCCAUACGGAAGUUUGUACCUACCUAGAGAAUUUGGUACGAAUGGAUGUGGGGACCAACAUCCUGGUGGAAAUGCUGGAGGAUUGUUCUUUUUAACAAUUGGAGAUGCCUUGCAUUUGGAUGGUACUUUGAAUGCACGAGGUCAAAAUGCUGGUCCAUCACCCUCCGGCGGAGGAAGCGGUGGUAGUAUUCUGUUUAGCACAGUUGUGUUCACUGGUAAUGGAAUCAUUGAUGUUUCUGGGGGGAACGGAAAAGGUCAAAACACAGGGGGAGGAUCAGGUGGAAGACUUGCAGUGUACGUGAGAUCACAAAAUCGUUACUUUGGACAGUAUCUCGCAAUUGGUGGCAGCGCUGGGGAUGCCUUGAAUGAUUUGAGCCGAGCGUCUGGUGGGCCUGGGACUGUUUACAUCCAACAGUUGUUUAAUCAGGUUCCACAUGACCGUUUGAUAUUAGACAACAAAAAUAGACCUUUCAAUCAUUAUGUCAUGUUAAACGAAUCCCGAGAUUCUUAUGAGUUUGAUGAGGUCCACCUGACCAGGAAAGCUUCCUUACACAUUGUUAACAAUGGAAAACAAUUAAAUUUGACGAUACAUAAAAUUCUCGGAGAUGGUACUGGUCUUAUUCACGUGCAUGGAAAUCAGCUGUUGACCGCUGAAGUUAAAGACGCAAGGCGCACCAUAACCCGAGCCCAGGCAAACUUCAAAUUGGAUGCAAAUUCGUCAGCUAUAAUGUCAACCGUGGUUCACAUGAUAGGACGAGGAGAUGUGGCGUUUCAUUGGCAGGGAAGGCUUAUUAAUGUUAUGCAUUUACAUUUAGCUUAUGGUAGGCGAGCGUUCAUUGGUGUCGAAGCUCAUACAGGAACUAUUGAAAAUGAUAGAUUUGUAUCUUCAGAAACAGAAGGAACAUUUCAUUUUUCAACCUUGGAGUUCAGCAGUAAGUCCCAAGUGGAUUAUCCUUCACCUCAUGGAAUGCAUUUCACUGUUGGGUUAUUGGUGAGUACUGCAUCUGUAUUCCCUUUUUAUUCACUAGAAAUACAUGCAUGCAGAAACCCCUCGCCUCGCUGGUAAGGCCACUAUAUUUUCCGAACGUGGAGUAGUUGAGGUAGUUAUCAUGGUGAGAAGAUAAUUUUAUUAAAAAUAUUUUUAAAAUUUAAAACCCUAAAAAAUAUCACUUUUAAUUACAAAAUAAUCAAUUUCCCCAGAGUUUUAGUUUUAACUUACGUUGAUAGCGAAGUGUCCACUGACAAAUUUUCCUGCUUUGUUAUACGACAUUAUUCAACGCUAACAGCUUGAAAAUUUCGCUCAAUUAUGUAAAUUUUGUUAAUCUUGUUCAAGAUAAUUUAGUCG